GGGAAGACGAAAAACUGAACGGCGAAGCAUCUAGGCCGCAUGCGCGGUAUUAGCUGGCCGAGAGCCGGGGUAGGGGGGAAAGAAAACACGCGAGAACAAAUUGGAGGGAGAUGGUUGCGCUGCUGUGGAGUUUCCAAUCCUGAAUAGGCUGGUCUGGUUACUGUUAGAACGCCAUGGCGUCGAAUUCGACAAAGUCUUUCUUGGCAGACGCCGGCUAUGGCGAACAGGAACUGGAUGCGAACUCAGCCCUCAUGGAAUUGGAUAAAGGGCUGAGAUCUGGCAAACUUGGAGAGCAGUGUGAAGCAGUUGUACGUUUUCCUAGACUCUUUCAGAAGUAUCCCUUCCCUAUUCUUAUCAAUUCUGCAUUCCUAAAGCUGGCUGAUGUAUUCAGAGUUGGAAACAACUUCCUCAGGCUGUGUGUACUUAAAGUUACUCAACAAAGUGAAAAGCACUUGGAGAAGAUUCUGAAUGUGGAUGAGUUUGUGAAGAGGAUCUUCUCUGUGAUUCAUAGCAAUGACCCUGUGGCAAGAGCCAUUACUCUCCGGAUGUUGGGAAGUUUGGCAUCCAUCAUUCCUGAGAGGAAGAAUGCCCAUCAUAGUAUUCGUCAGAGCCUUGAUUCACAUGAUAAUGUAGAAGUUGAAGCUGCUGUGUUUGCUGCUGCUAAUUUCUCUGCACAGUCCAAGGAUUUUGCUGCAGGAAUCUGUAACAAAAUCAGUGAAAUGAUUCAAGGUUUAGCCACACCAGUAGACUUGAAACUGAAAUUGAUCCCCAUAUUGCAACACAUGCAUCAUGAUGCAAGCCUUGCUUCCAGUGCUCGGCAACUCCUCCAACAGCUGGUCACAUCCUAUCCCUCCACCAAGAUGGUCAUUGUUACACUGCACACUUUUACCCUGCUUGCUGCUUCAUCUUUGGUUGAUACCCCAAAGCAGAUUCAACUUCUGUUACAGUACUUGAAAAAUGAUCCCAGGAAAGCAGUAAAGAGACUUGCUAUCGAGGACUUGAAGUUACUUGCAAAUAAAACACCACAUACAUGGAGCAAAGAGAACAUUCAAAUACUCUGUGAAUGUGCCCUCCAAACUCCUUAUGACAGUUUGAAACUAGGAAUGCUCUCUGUCCUGUCUACAUUGUCAGGAACUAUAGCGAUCAAGCAUUACUUCAGCGUUGCUCCAGGAAAUACAGUUACUUCACCCAGGUCAUCUGAUUUGGUCAGAUUGGCACAAGAAUGCUGUUACCAUAAUAACCGUGGUAUAGCGGUUCAUGGAGUGAGGGUCCUAACUAAUAUAACUGCUUCUUGUCAAGAAAAAGAACUUUUGGCACUGGAGCAGGAUGCAGUCUUUGGCCUUGAAUCUCUUCUGGUACUUUGUAGUCAAGAUGAUAGUCCAGGUGCUCAAGCAACUUUAAAGAUUGCUUUGACUUGUAUGGUGAAGCUAGCCAAGUGCCGUCCUCAUCUCAGCCAGUCAGUGGUUGAGUCUCUGCUGACUCAGUUGCACAGUGCUCAGGACGCAUCUAGGAUUCUCAUGUGCCACUGUUUGGCCUCCAUUGCCAUGCAGCUGCCAGUGUUGGGUGAUGGGAUGCUUGGAGAUUUAAUGGAGCUCUACAAAGUGAUUGGACGCUCUGCUACAGAUAAGCAACAGGAGCUUUUGGUUUCUUUGGCUACUGUGAUUUUUGUAGCCAGUCAGAAAACAUUAUCUGCUGAAGUUAAAACUGUUAUUAAACAACAGCUUGAGAACGUCUCUAAUGGUUGGACAGCAUACCGGAUUGCCAGACAGGCGUCUAGGAUGGGUAAUCAUGACAUGGCCAGAGAACUUUAUCAAAGUCUGCUGACUCAGGUAGCCUCAGAACAUUUCUACUUUUGGCUGAACAGUUUGAAGGAAUUCUCCCAUGCAGAGCAGUGUCUCACAGGUUUGCAAGAAGAGGAUUAUAGUUCAGCACUUUCCUGCAUUGCUGAAUCUUUAAAAUUUUACCAUAAAGGGAUAGCAUCCUUAACAGCUGCCAGCACACCACUGAAUCCUCUAACUUUUCAGUGUGAGUUUGUAAAACUCAGAAUUGACCUUCUGCAGGCCUUUUCUCAACUUUUCUGCACCUGUAAUAGUCUAAAAACAAGUCCUCCACCUGCUAUUGCUACAACCAUAGCCAUGACCUUGGGAAAUGACCUUCAGAGAUGUGGCCGCAUCUCCAAUCAGAUGAAACAGUCUAUGGAAGAAUUCCGAAGCCUAGCUUCUCGUUAUGAGGAUCUUUAUCAGGCUUCUUUUGAUGCAGACUCAGCAACAUUGAGAAACAUUGAGUUACAACAGCAGAGUUGUUUGCUGAUUUCUCAUGCAAUAGAAGCCCUGAUUUUGGAUCCAGAGUCAGCAAGUUUCCAGGAAUAUGGUUCCACUGGAUCAGCACAUGCGGAUAGUGAAUAUGAAAGAAGAAUGAUGUCUGUAUAUAAUCAUGUCUUAGAAGAAGUGGAAUCACUGAACCGGAAAUAUGCCCCUGUCUCUUAUAUGCACACAGCUUGCCUCUGCAAUGCUAUCAUUGCCUUGCUGAAAGUUCCCCUUUCAUUUCAGAGAUAUUUUUUCCAGAAACUACAAUCUACCAGCAUUAAGCUUGCUUUGUCACCAUCCCCCCGCAACCCGACAGAACCCAUUGCAGUCCAGAAUAACCAGCAGCUGGCUCUAAAGGUAGAAGGAGUGGUUCAGCAUGGAUCCAAACCAGGACUCUUUCGUAAAAUUCAGUCUGUCUGUUUGAAUGUCUCUUCAACAUUACAGAGUAAAUCUAUACAAGACUAUAAGAUACCCAUUGACAGUAUAACCAAUGAGAUGGAACAGAAUGUUGAACCACACAAUGAUUACUUCAGUACUCAGUUUUUGUUGAACUUUGCUAUCCUUGGAACUCACAACAUCACAGUUGAGUCUUCUGUGAAGGACUCCAAUGGCAUCGUAUGGAAGACUGGACCUAAAACCACCAUCGUUGUGAAAUCUCUCGAAGAUCCUUAUUCCCAACAAGUUCGCCUCCAACAACAGCAGGCACAGCAACCUUUGCAACAACAGCAGCGUAAUGCAUAUUCUCGGUUUUAGCCACCAAGUGUUCACCUAUCACAGAACUUUGGGUUUCCCUCUUCCAUUUUUUAAAAGGCAUGGGAAUGGAAAAGGAGGAUAUCUUUCUUGCCUACCUCAUCAAUUGAGAAUGAUGUACAUCAAAAAUUUCUAAAGCUCUAUAGAGAUAUCUAAGGCAAUUGACUGAAAUAUUCGGGUUUGCCAUAUGGAGUAGUGAUUCCCUAAAUUUAAAUUUUAUCCAUAUGUGUGUAAUUUCCUUGCAGAAAGGCUAGGUGGUAAAGAAAAGAGGUGAUAAAUAGGGUCUCUGGGAAUUUUUUACUUCUUUUGUGUUUUGGGUUUUUCUUUUUUAUUGUUGUUAAUGUAGACAGGCCCAUCCUAAAUUUUAUGCUGAUUUUCAUAAUGAUUUGCAUUCUAUAUGAGUCCUAUUUUUUGUGAGUUGACUACAUUGUUUUGGAGGGAGGUCUUAGGGUCAUUAAAUAUAGGACUUCUUUAUCUAGUGAGAAUGUUCUUUGUACACUAAAACCUCAGUUAACUGUAGUACUCAGGGAAUUGGAUAUAUGUUUCAGUACUUGUUGAAAAUCUUUCAAAAAUAUUCCCAUGCCUUUUCAUAUUAUAGUGAAGAUAAUUUUUUGACAAACCAUUUUGAUAAAGUAUGUAUCCUGUCAUAUUAGAAUUACUUUUCUUUGAACUCAAUGUGUUUUCAAAACAAAUCUGGAUCUAGAGAUCCAGGCAUACCAUUUCUUACAGCUCAGCAGCUUGUAAAUACUGUACAACCAAGUACCAGUUUCAUUAGGUAUCUACAUCUUGGUAAACAUUGUUAUCCAUAUGUGCAUUAUCUGUUUUGUGAGUUACCUAUGACAGAUUUUUAAUAUCAAGUUUACCUUACUCUGUCACCUAGCAUAUAUCUAGGCUGCCUCACUCUAUUAACAGUGUGCUGAGGAAACAAAAUAAUUUUAACAUUAACCCUGAGCCAAAAGGAAUUAGAGUGACUGAGAAAAUGCUCUCUAUGUAAUUGAUGUCUAAUUAAAAUGUUUAUUCAACAGAAGGUUGAUCAGCUUCAAUUUAAAAAAAAAGUCAAAGAAUUACUUUGCAAAGCCACAUAGAAAUCAGUGAAUUAUCCUUCCAUUCGACAUGUUUAAUUAAAUUCACCAAACUUUAAGUGUCUACUAUGAGCUAGGCUCCGGGGAUCAAAAAAAAAAGAGGAGAGAAACAGUCUCUUGCCCUGUUGGAGCUUAGGGUUCUCCUGGGGUAAGGAAUAAGAGAUGUCCACAAAUAAGUAAGGACAAAGUAAAGCAGCAAUUUGAGAGUGAGACAGCACUUGGAACAGAGAUAAAAUAAACUGUUGGGGCUGUGUUGGCUGAGGGCAUUCUAGGUGAAGCCAUAGCAUGAAUAAUGAAGAGGACCUGUAGGGCUGAGUUUGGCAUAUGCUGGAGCCUGGCCUGACAUGGGAGUAGAAAGAUUAGCUCUAGGGAAGGGUGGGUGGUAGUUUUUAUCAAUGUUGGUAAUAACAGGGUUACAGUUCUAGAGCCCAAAGGGAAAUGUUAAUCGUGGAAGGCUAGUGCACAGUCAGUAUAGUCAUUCUGAAAAGCAAUUUGAAACUGUACCCCAAAAGUCACUAAGUUUGUGCAUACCCUGUAAUACCACUACUAGGACUGAACACCAAAGAUAGCAAAGAAAGGGGAAAAGGACUCAUUUAUAAAAAUAUUUAUAGCACCUCUUUUUACAGUGGAGAGAAGCUGGUCCAUCAAUUGGGGAAUAGCUGAACAUGGUAUGUGAGUGUAAUGGUAUGCUAUUAUCCUGUAAGAAAUAAUGGAAAAGAUGUAUUUGGAGAAACCUUGAAAGAUGUGUGAACUAAUGUAGAGUGAAAUGAGCAAACCCAGAAUAAUUUAUACAGCAAUAUUGUAACGCAAUAUUGUUAAGAGUCCUGAUCGCUGCAGUGACCUGAUAAUAAAGCAUGCUUCCAGCUUCCUGAGGUGUGACCUCAAGGUACAGAAUGAGAUACAUUUUUUUUAACGUGAUCAGUGUGAAAAUAUGUUUUGCUCGACUACGCGUAUUUGUUACAAAGGAUUCAUUUUGUUUUUACAGUGGAGGAGGGAAAGAAAAUAUUAAAUGAAAAAAAAUUUUUUUU